AUGGCGCCCACCGAGUCUGCCAUCCUGCACAACUACCUCACGGUACCGGCCCAGCUCCCGUCCGUAAUCAGCCUUGAGGAGUUCACAGAGCUUUUCCCAAAGGCGCAGCGGACAAACCCGCAGAUUCGCCUGCUUUAUCGCGACCUCCAGCACCAGAGGAGGGCGCUCGUCGACACGGUUUCGGAGAACAUCGCCGUAGAGGAGAAGCGAGGAAAGUACAUCAGACGCGACAUCGCGAUUGCCAGACGCAAGGAAAAGAAUGAGGAUGCGGACCAGGAACUUGAGAUCGAAAGAGCGCUUUUUGGCUCGGUGGGCUCGGACCCAAAGCACACUCUCAACUCCAUAAUCCCGGAGAUGGAUACCGCCAUAGCAGAUUUGGAGACGGAGAUUCAGCAGCUCGAGGCGCAAGAGGCCGCACUACUCGAAUCCGUUAAGCAAACGGUCGGCACCAUGAGCGACCUCCGCUACGGCAAACUCUCCAAUCCCCGGCUGAAGGAGGACGUCAUCGAAGGUCUCAAAAGCGUGCAAGAUGCAUGUAAAGGGAAAAGCUGA